CAACGGACAUGCCAAGAACACGGAGCACCUCACGGGGUGCAAGCGCUGCUGGCACUGACGCUGACGGUCCCCCAGCUCUCUACCCGUAUCCGCAGCGGGCUGUGAAUUCUGCGAAUUCUCAAGACCAUCGGAGAGCGAGGUCCCGUGUGAUCCAUGCUCAUGGGCACAUUUCAGCCAAUGCGGACCAGGUGACUUCUCCUGCGCCGUCACAACCAGCUCCUCUCACCCUGAGCGACCUGACUGGUGUUAUCCAGCCCCUCCUGGAGCGCGUGGAGCGUUUGGAAUCCAACGUCGUCGCCCCUACCACCUCGCCCAUUGCCGCACCAGCACCAGCACCAGCAUCAGCUCCUCUCCCGCUGGGGCAGCCUUCCCCGAUGCACUUGGCUUGCGCAGCCGGCUCUCCAGGACUCCCCGUCAUCCCUCCACGGCUACGGGAACGUAUCACACGAGGUGAGUUUGUCGAAUUUGGGGACUUGUUGCCUGAAGCCAUGUCCGGCAGUAGUGAUGUCCUGCAGUUGUCGUUGGUGAACGGCAGGUCCGUUGAGCUGGUGCAGAGCUCGUCCACUCCCCAGCCCUCCAAGCGCCGAGUCCAUGACUUGGCGACGUGGUUAGAGGCCUUCACCUUGUUCACCAGAGUCCUGGUCGAUGCGUCGCCGGACCAAGCUCCAGAUUUGCUGGCGUACCAAGCCAACAUCAUCGAGGCCAACAACAAUUAUCUGACCGACGCGUGGCUGACCUAUGACCGUCGUUUCCGUGCUGGUCUUGCUGCCAUGCCGCACCUGUAUUCCUGGCGGCAACUGGACCCUAACCUCUGGCAGUCCUGCUUCACGAGCCGCGGGCGCCCUAUCUGCUCGCGUUGUUCUCUCGUGCACCCAUCUCCAGCCCCGCAUUGCCCCUUUCGUGGAGGGCUCCCUCUUGCGCAGCACGCAGGCGGGAGCCAGUCAGCCACCAGCCCAGCUCCUCGUCACGAUGGCCGCCAGAUCUGCCGGAAUUACAACAACGGCGCCUGCACAUACCCGUCCUGCAUACGGGCCCAUGUCUGUCUGUCAUGCCGCGGCAAACACCCAAAGAAGACUUGCACCCGAGCGGCCUCUCAGUCUUCCCAGUGACGUCGUCACUCCAGUCAACGUGCCUCGGCUAACUGCACUGCUAGCUGCUCACCCUGAUGCCCUGUUUCGUGAUUAUGUAUGUGCUGGCAUGUUAAACGGCUUCUCGAUUGGUCACACCACUCCUCUGGUAUCAUGCAUUCAAUCUGUCAAUCAUCCGUCUAGUCUCUGCAAUAAACAAUUUGUCACCCUGUACCUACAGUCUUGUUGCGAUGCUGGGGAAACAGCUGGUCCGUUUGCUGAGCCGCCAUAUCAGCUGUUUCAAACCUCGGGUUUGGGCCUGAUCCCAAAAUCCAAUGGCAAAUUUCGCCUCAUCCAUGACCUAUCCUCCCCCACUGGCCGCAGUGUCAAUGAUGGUAUUUCCCGGGAGUCAUUCAGCUUGGAGUAUGACACUGUCGAUUCGGCUAUCUCCUAUAUCAUGAAGUUAGGCCGUGGUUGCUACCUGACCAAAGUGGACAUUCGAAACGCCUUCCGAUUAUG